GGGGUCUCUGUCUGGCGGCACGUGUAGGAGUGUCGGGGUCCCGGUGCUGCCUGCCGCGGGCUGGGGCGACCCUCGAGAGAGGUGCCAGCGCGGGGCGCCAGGGCCCGGGACUCUCUCUCCGUCGGCCCGCCGCCCCGUCCCGGUGGCUCGGCUGGUGGCCUGUGUCCGCAGGGAUCCCGAGCCCCGGGAGGGCGCGACCUGGGGCGGCUUCCCGGCCCGCGGGGCGCUGCGCCGGGGCGGGUGGGGGCCCGCGCGUGUCCGGGGGCUGUUCUGCGGCUCCAGAUUGCGGAGGGAGCCCCGCCGUCCGUCCGGGCCCCCGCGCUGCCGGCGGCUCCCCGGAGGCUCGGGACCGGAGGGGGAGCCGGCCCGGCCCGAUGCUCAGGCCGGGGCCGCGGUCGCCGGGUCAGCGCGGGGCCCCGGGGUGGCUCGGCGGGGCGGGGCGCUGCCCGCGCACCGAGGCUCGGCGCCCCGGCCCGAGGGCGGGGGCGGGCGAUGCGGAAGUGCCCGGCCGGCGGGCUGGCGGCGCAGCUGCGGGAGGGCGCAGUCGGCCCCGCCGCCCGGCCGGUGCUCGCGGGCGCAGCCACUGACAGACCCCUUUGCCAUGAACCAGCCUGCCCCUGGGGCCCUGCCUCCGCCCCGCCGUGUGCGGCUGAAGCCCUGGCUGGUGGCCCAGGUGAACAGCUGCCAGUACCCAGGGCUCCGCUGGGUCAAUGGCGAAAGGAAAUGGUUUUACAUCCCUUGGCGCCAUGCCACGAGGCAUGGCCCCAGCCAGGAUGGGGACAACACCAUCUUUAAGGCCUGGGCCACGGAGACGGGGAAGUACACGGAGGGGGUGGACGAGGCUGAUCCAGCCAAGUGGAAGGCCAACCUGCGCUGUGCCCUGAACAAGAGCCGUGACUUCCGCCUCAUCUAUGAUGGGCCCCGGGACAUGCCGCCUCAGCCCUACAAGAUCUACGAGGUCUGCUCCAACGGCCCCACUCCUGCAGAGCCACAGCCCACUGAGGAUUACGUUUGUGGCGCAGGAGAGGAGGAGGAGGACGAUGACGACGACGAGCUCCAGAGGAUGUUACCAAGCCUGAGCCUCACAGAAGCAGUGCAGCCUGGGCCCCCCAUGGCACCCUAUUCUUUACCCAAAGAGGAUGUCAAGUGGCCGCCCACUCUCCAGCAGCCCGUGGGGCUGGGCCCCCCUGCUCCAGACCCCUGCCUCCUGGGCUCUGCCCCUGGGGACCCUGCUGCCUUUGGGGAGCUUCUCCCUGAGGUCCUGCCGAGCCUGCAGCCUGGGCCCCUGGCUGACAGCCUGCCACCCCAAGGCGAGCAACUCCUGCCCGACCUGCUGAUCAGCCCCCACAUGCUGCCCCUCACCGACCUGGAGAUCAAGUUCCAGUACCGGGGGCGGCCACCCCGUGCCCUCACCAUCAGCAACCCUCACGGCUGCCGGCUCUUCUACAGUCAGCUGCAGGCCACCCAGGAGCAGGUGGAGCUCUUCGGGCCCGUGAGUCUGGAGCAAGUGCGUUUCCCCAGCCCCGAGGACAUCCCCAGUGACAAGCAGCGCUUCUACACAAACCAGCUGCUGGAUGUCCUGGACCGCGGGCUCAUCCUCCAGCUGCAAGGCCAGGAUCUCUAUGCCAUCCGCCUGUGCCAAUGCAAGGUGUUCUGGAGUGGGCCCUGCGCCUCCACUAAUGGCUCGCACCCCAACCCCAUCCAGCGGGAGGUCAAGACCAAGCUCUUCAGCCUGGAGCAUUUUCUCAACGAGCUCAUCCUGUUCCAGAAGGGCCAGACCAACACCCCACCACCAUUUGAAAUCUUUUUCUGUUUUGGAGAGGAGUGGCCUGACCACAAACCCCGAGAGAAGAAGCUCAUCACUGUACAGGUGGUGCCCGUAGCGGCUCGAUUGCUGCUGGAAAUGUUCUCAGGGGAGCUCUCCUGGUCGGCCGAUAGUAUACGGCUACAGAUCUCAAACCCAGACCUCAAAGAUCGCAUGGUGGAGCAGUUUAAGGAGCUCCACCACAUCUGGCAGUCCCAGCAGCAGAUGCAGCCUGUGGCCCAGGCCCCUCCUGCUGGCCAGGGGCCCUGGCCAAUGCACCCAGUUGGCAUGCAGUGAGGCUGCAUACAGUGACUGCAGCAGGCUUCCUGGGAGGCUAUGUGGACUGUUGUGGAGGUGUGAUGGCCCUGCUGGGCACCUGCCUGGCGGCAGGGUCUUAUCUCUGGGUCUCCUGGAAGCAGAUUUGGGCCAAGGGGACAGGAGAGGAGCCCAAGUUCCAGAUUCUCCCUGCAGAAGCUGAGGGAGGCUGGGAGCCAGGUCUGCUUUGGGGGCUCUGUCUUCUGGACAUGCCUCUCUGCUAGCUCCGGUUUGCUGGCUCUGAAGGAAUUCAGCCGUCAACACCAGUGAGCAGGAAGGGCUUCCCAGGAUGCCGGGGCCUAACUGUAUAGAGGAAGUGGUCCCAGAGUGCCCCCAUUUCCUCUGGCAGAAAGCCUCAAGUCCUGUGGCAGGUUCCCCUGGUGGGGCCUCCGCAGGGCAUGGGCCUGAUUUGGGGGUUCCCUAGUUUAAGCCUCACUUCCUCAUCUUUCUCCUUUCUGAGACAGAUUUGAGCACUUAGGUAUUGCACCAGAUACUUAAGGCUGACAGCUACCUCCUUUCUUGUGAAUCCAAGAACCUGAGGUAGAAAGUGGAAUUUUAUGUAUUUUUGGAUUAAUAAAUGUUAAAAACACA